AAUCUUGAUAUAUCAAGAACAAAAAACCAGAAACCAACGACGUUCCUCGUUGUUACCAUUAUCUUUGCGUUUCCUGCCUAGUCAAGAAGCCAUGGACGUUGAAUUACCAGGUGGUUCUCUUCUAUCCUCUUUUCUCUCUCGGUUGGUUGAUGGAAUUGCUUUUGUUGAGUUGGUUGACUUUAUUCGGAGGCAGAAAAAUACAACUGGACUGCUCAAAAAGUUGAAGAUAAGGUUGCUUGCAGUCAAUGGAGUGGUCGAUGAUGCUGAGGAGAGGCAGAUCAGAAGCCCAGCUGUGAGGGAGUGGCUUGACGAGCUUACAGACACUCUCUGUCAUGCUGAGGACCUGCUCGAUGAGAUCCAGACAGAGGAUCUGCGACGCAAGCUGGAAGGUGGUCUAUCUGGAGAGAGCAGCACAACUACUUUCUUCAAGAGCUCUUCCUUAGUUCUUAGCGAGUUUGAAAGAACUACGGAUUUAAAGCUUGUGGAGAUUGUUUAUAGAUUAGAUCUUAUUGUGGACCAAAUGGCGGCGCUUGCUUUGAAAAUCCGUGGCGUUAAAGAUAGACCACGAGCAAGACUAUCCACAGUUCCUCGGGUAGAAGAAGAGUCUGACAUCUAUGGAAGGGAUGAGGACAAGGAGACCAUCAUUAGCUUGUUGCUGUCAGGGGAUGAAACGUAUGGUAGGAUCGGUGUCAUUCCUAUUGUGGGCAUGGGUGGGAUCGGUAAAACAACCCUUGUUAAACAUGUGUUCAACGAUGCCAGAGUGAAGGAAGAGUUUGAUCUCCAAGGCUGGGUUUAUGUUUCGUAUGAUUUUGAUAUUGUUAGAAUAACAGAGUCGAUCGGUGACUGUCAGUCGAUUCGUUCUCGAACUUUUUUUUCCAGAGAUCCAGAACAUCUAUUGAAAAAUGCUUUGGCUGGAAAGAAAUUUCUCAUUGUUCUUGAUGAUGUUUGGAGUACGAACUAUGCUAGUUGGGAUUUCUUGAGGGGGCAGUUCCAAUCUGGAGCACGAGGAAGUAAGAUCAUUGUCACAACACGGGAUCUUAGUGUUGCAUCUAUGAUGAGUUCUCUUCCAGCUCACCUUCUAAGCCAAUUAUCUGAGCACGAUUGCUGGGAACUGUUUGCUAAACAUGCCUUUGAAAAUGCAAAUGGUGGUGAACAUCCACGUCUUGAAGUAAUCGGAAGAGAGAUUGCGAGGAAGUGUCAAGGUCUUCCCUUGGCUGCAAAAUCACUUGGAGGUCUUUUACGCUCUGAACUGGAUCUGAAACAAUGGGAGAUGAUAUUGAACAGUGACAUAUGGAACCCGCCAGGUGACUGGAUCGGUCUGCCAGCUCUUUGGUUGAGCUAUUGUUAUCUGCCUUCACAUCUCAAGCGCUGCUUAGCCUAUUGUUCCAUAUUUCCCAGAGGUUACCAGUUUACAAAAUCAGAAUUGGUAUCGUUAUGGAUGGCUGAAGAUCUCUUACCACCUAGUAAGAGAAAGACGAUGGAACAAGUUGGAGAUGACUACUUCCACAUUCUAAUCUCGAGGUCAUUUUUUCAACAUUCAGGUGCUUAUACUCAAUCAGUGUUCACCGUGCAUGAUCUCAUUAGUGAUUUGGCAAAGUUUAUAUCAGGAGAGUUUUGUGUUAGUCUUGAUGGGGGUGAUGUCUCACUCACCAUGGUGAGGAAGACUCGUCAUUUUUCCUAUAUGAAAAGUCAUGUUACAGUAGAGAAACUUGAGGGUUUACAUAAUGCCAGAUAUUUGCGCACCUUCCUAUCAAUCCCACCCCCACAGAAUUCCGGUACCUCAGACUUUCGCAUGUCCAAUAAGGUACUAGGUAAUCUAUCGAGAACAUUACAAUGCUUGAGAGUACUCGAUUUAUCAGGAUAUGAUAUCAUAGCGUUGCCUGAUGCAGUAAGCAGCUUGAAACAUCUGAGACAGCUAGUGUUGUCUGGCAGUUCAAUUCAGAAGUUGCCCAACUCAAUUUGUACUUUAUAUAAUUUACAAACAUUAUCGUUGAGUGAUUGUACAGAACUUGUUGAGUUACCAACUAAUUUGGGGAGCCUGAUCAACUUGCGCCAUCUUGAUAUCAAAGGGACAAGGUUAGAGAAGAUGCCCCCGUCUAUGGGUAAGCUGAAAAAUCUGCAAUUAUUAACUGAUUUUGUUUUGGACAAACACAGUGGGGAUAGCAUUGCAGAGUUAAGUGAGCUUCAGCAUCUGCACGGAAGCCUUUUGAUCUCAGGACUUGAUCACAAUGUAGAUGAUGUGGCUGCUUUGAAGGCCAAUUUGAGAGGCAAGGAAUAUCUCAAUGAACUACGUUUACUAUGGAAAAAAUAUGAACCAAGGGGACAUGUUACUAAGGACUCCCAAAAAGAUAGAGAAGUUCUUGGCCAGCUUCAACCUCAUGCUAACCUAAGAGAACUUGUGAUUAAAUCUUUUGGAGGUAGCAGCUUUCCAGAUUGGUUAGGAGAUCCUUAUCUCUCUAAACUAUCUUCUAUUGAACUUGAAGAUUGUAAGCAUUGUUCUUUCUUGCCCCCUCUGGGGAAGCUACCCUCCCUCGCAAAGCUUUCUAUUAAGGGGUUUAAUGAACUGCUUUCGAUUGGCUUCGAGUUGUGUGGCCCAUUUAGAUCUCUCAAAGAAUUGAGUUUCAUCGGCAUGUUGAAAUGGCAGGAGUGGUCUUAUGUUGACGGUUGUCAUGAAGAAGGUGGAGUCUUUCCUAAUCUUUGUAAGCUGACUCUGGGCGACUGUCCAUAUCUAACUAACAUAUUACCAUUAGACAGCUUCCCAAAGCUUGAAGAUGUGAGAUUGUUUGGUCUGCGGUCCUUUGCUGGCUCACUUUCACAAGAAUCUCAAUGCCCUACAUUCCUGUCCCUGCGUAGACUGAGUAUAGAUAAAUGCCCUAAACUUGUAUGUCUAUCAGAUGGCGGGAUGGAUGCGCCCAAUUUGAAGGAGAUGCGUAUCCUUUGGUGUGGGGAAUUUCGAUCAUUGCCUAAACAAAUGCACACCCUUCUCCCUUCUCUUGAGCAUCUGCAAAUAGAAGGCUGUCUAGAUUCAUUUCCAGAAGAGGGAUUGCCGCCAGCAUUAAAAUCCCUUGAAUUUCAUUGUAACAAUGGCCUCUUUAAAAACCACCAGCAUUGGGGUCUACAAAGAGUCAGCUCUCUUAGAGAUCUAAGAAUCUGGUUUUGGGGUGGUGAAGAAGUUUGUUCAUUUCCAGAGAGACUGCUUCCUACCUCUCUCACUUCUCUCUCCAUCUCCAACCUUCCAAAUGUUACGACCUUGGAGAAGUUGAGUUGCGUCAACUCUCUUCAGUCGUUAUACAUUAGUUGUAUGCCCAAGCUUCGGAGCUUGCCAGAAGAGAUGCUAGCUUCUUCUCUUUCUCAGUUGGUGAUCACGAACUGUCCUUUGCUCCAAGAACGAGUCCAGAAGGAGAGAGGGGAAGCUUGGUCCAAGAUUGCUGACAUCCCUUGCAUAGAGAUCGAUGGAGAGGAGAUAUGAUAUGCUAUAUAUGAUGAUGAGUCCCCAGUUCUCUCUGAGGCUAACUAUUACAAUUUGCCCCCCUAUUGUGUCAAUGCAAAUAGUAACUGCUGUUUACAGGCUCAGCUUCUCGACUUUCUACAAGCUUCUGAUGUGUACUUCAUGGUUCUUGACCGAGUUAUAACUUCAUCUGAAAGGAGUAGACAUUGUAGUUGCUGCUAAUUCAACCGUGUUGGCACUAUCAACCUCUACAUGCCCUUCAGAUUUUGUACUUCAGCACUUGCCAUCCAUUUGGAUUUUCUCGGCAAUCAAUUACCGGGGCGUGACAAUUUCCUCCAAAUGACCAUUGUUUUUCCAUUGUUUGUUCGUAUGUAUUAAUUCAACUUGUGGUUAAAUAUGUAUCGUCCACCAGGUCUAACAACUUUGAUUCAAUAUAUUAGUGCUAAAUGUGGGUUGAUGACAAUUGAUGACCCCAUCCUAAUGAGGACAAAAGCAAGCUAUUGUAACCCUCAAAAUUAACUCAAGCUUGGCUCACCAGAGUUACCAGGUCUUUUAAGUUGCAAGCCAAAAAAAAGGAAGGAAGAAGUCUGUGUAGGCUGUAUGGAUCCUUUGUAUAUGAUAUAUGAAAUAAGUUCAGUUUAAAUUA